CAUUCAUUUGCGUUUCGAGGUAAGCCAUCGUCAUAAGUUUAGCAGCUUUCAAUCGGAUCAGACCUUUGAACAAACAAGAAAAUAUGUUUCGAAAAAGAAGAUCAAUUUGGUUUGAUCGAUGGUUAUUGUUUCAAAUAUCAUUAUUAUUCAUAGCUAACUUACCGAAAAAAUUAACUGCCAAUGGUGAAUCAAUUGAAUUCACUGAUUCAAACGCAAUGGUUAAUGAUGAUAAUCAAAAUAUUGAUAAAAAUGGACAAAUGAGAAUGGCUGAAUGUCAUUUACGUCCUGUAAUACAUAUUUUACAACGAUCUGGUUGUGUACCAAAACCAAUACCUUCGUUUGCUUGUUAUGGUACAUGUAAUUCUUAUGUACAGGUUUCCAAUUCAAAAUUCUGGCAAUUAGAACGUUCUUGUAAUUGUUGUCAAGAGAUUGGUGAAAGAGAAGCAUCAGUAAUGUUACAUUGUCCUGGUCAAACUCCACAAUAUCGACGUGUAACAACUAGAGCUCCUGUAGAAUGUUUAUGUCGACCAUGUUCAGCCGUUGAUGAACAACAAGUUCAACCAUUAGAAAUGUUAAUUCAUAAUCAUCGUACCCAUACAGUGGAUGAAGAUGAUAAUGUCAAUAAUGGUCAACGAAUUAAUCGUCGAUUCAUCAAUCAUCAUGGUUAAGCUAUCAUCUUCAUCAUCAUCAACACCAUAGUC